AUGGGAGGCCGCUUCUCAAAGACGCUCCUCAAUCUCUCUGACAACGCCGAUUUCCAUGCCAAACCAUGCCAUGCCCAUGCCAGCACACCGUCUCCAAGCCUUCUUUCACUCGAGUCCCAAACAUCGCUAGCCCAGCUCCAAAACCACCCCCGUAUCGAUCAUCUCCAGAGCCGCCGUCGACCAAUCAGCUCGUCCCAUGCUGAGCACCGCUCGGCUCAUUCGUGCCGUGCAAACCGCCAGCCCCCAUGUCGUCGUGUCCCAGAAAACCGAGCCGGCGCCAACAAGUUCCCAAUUGCCCAAAAUGCCCUCCAACUCAGCAUAGCUGUGUUUCGACUAGACGCGAAGUGGUAG